ACAUAUAUCAUGUGUAUUUACUCUCUCUCUCUCUCUCUCUCUCUCUCUCUCUUUGUAAAGCAUGAAGCAGAGCUUCUUCCUAGUCUCCCUUCUCUUUCUUUUCAUUAUUUCCUCUUUUUACACCACAAGAGCCGCUCGCCUUUUAACACCCAAACAAGGGAAGGAUGAGAUGAUGGUUGAUGGGCUUUUUCAAGUGGGCCAUUCAAGGGCAAUAGAAGAGGAUUCAUUGAAUUUGGGGUUAGAGGAUUGUGAGAACGGAGAUGAGGAUUGCUUGAAGAGGAGGAUGAUUUCAGAGGCCCACUUGGACUAUAUCUACACCCGGCAUCACAAGCCAUAGAAAUAUGAUGAGAAUGGGAUUUUAUUUUAUUUUUACUUGAUAUUUAAACCCACCCAUCUUAAUUAAUGUUUGAUAGACUCACCCUUCCUACUUUUGGUAAUUGAGAAGUAGCACUUACUCUGUUCUAUUGUCAACAUUAGAAGUGAAGGGGUGUAUACAUCAAUCAGUCAAUACAAUGGUGUCUCCCUA